CCUUUGGCGCUAUCCUGCAGGGCAGUCUGUUUGGCAUGGCAGGCAAACUGCCUACCAAAUACACCACACCCAUCAUGAGUGGGCAAGGCAUGGCGGGAACUUUCGCUGCCUUCUCCAUGAUCUGUGCUAUCGCAAGUGGCUCGGAGAUAAAUGACGCUGCUUUUGGAUACUUCAUCACAGCCUGUGCAGUGAUCUUAUUGGCCAUAAUAUCCUAUGUGGUCCUCCCUAAACUGGAGUUCUACCAAUAUUACAAGACCCAAAGUGGAAACAGAGUUAGUGAUGAGGAGAACAAGCUGGAUCUACUCAAGAAAGAAAAUGCAGCAGAGACUAGACCAGUUUUCAAUAAAGGAGAAGAGGAACAAAACGUGUCCAUGUUGACCAUCUUCAAGAAGAUCUGGGUCCUGGCUCUCUCUGUGUGUUUUGCCUUCACCAUCACCAUCGGCAUCUUCCCGGCAGUCACUGUGGAUGUCAAGUCUACCAUCGCUGAUGGAGGCACCUGGGAGCUGUACUUCAUCCCGGUGUGUUGUUUCCUGCUCUUCAACCUCAGCGACUGGGUUGGGAGAAGCCUUACUGCUGUCUGUAUGUGGCCUGGGAAGGACAGCAAACUGGUGCCCAUUCUUCUGGUGGCCCGUGUGAUCUUCGUGCCGCUCUUCAUGCUGUGCAAUGUUCAGCCCCGCUACAACCUGCCUAUCUUCUUUGAACAUGAUGCCUGGUUCAUCGUCUUCAUGAUAGGCUUUGCCUUUUCAAAUGGAUACCUGGCAAGCCUUUGCAUGUGCUUUGGGCCCAAAAAAGUUGCUGCUCAUGAAGCGGAGACAGCUGGAGCCAUUAUGGCCUUCUUCUUGUCCCUGGGUUUGGCUCUGGGAGCGUCCCUCUCAUUCCUCUUCAGAGGCCUGGUCUAAAAUGGCGCCCUGUAGAGAACAUGACCCAAAACCCAAAAUGUACCUAUAAAACUUGCAUUAUAACAAAUUG